UAGUUUCGACGUAGUUUCAAAUGGGUGUUCCCUCCUCUUCUCAUGCUCUUGCUGUACUCAUCUUUUUGUUUGUCCUGGUUCACUUUAUCACCAAGCUCGUCUAGGCUGACAGAGCAGAGGUCGUCCUGUUUCCAGUGCUAGAGACCAGGUGGGAGUACCUGCAUGCAGGGGAUGCAUAAAAAGUACCUGAGAGUUCAAGGACAGACAGAAAGAAAAUCAAUGGAAAACAAUAUAAAUUUUGAGGAGGACAGUGACAUGUCAUAUGAAGACAACGAGUCCGCCUUCUCCUCUCCAGUGAGACUGACUUCACCAGGCCAGAGCGGCAUCUACAACCUGGAGAAGAGGAUGCAGGAAGAGGAAGAGGAGGAUGAGCCACCUGUGGAGGACAUUGUCAUCCCCAGUGAUUCAGAGGCUUAUCUUAACGUGAACACCAAUGCCACCACAAGAGGGGAUGCUCAAGCCUAUGUGGAGCUGAAUGAGCUCCAGGGCAACACCUGGCAGGAGACUGGCCGCUGGGUGGGCUACGAGGAGAACUUUAACACCAGCACAGGACAAUGGGGUCCUUCUCAUGUCUCCUAUCUCACUUUUAAGAGCCUGAUCCAGCUCCGCAGGACCAUGAGCACAGGUGCUGUCAUCUUUGACCUGAAUGCCAGCAGUCUGUCCACUGUGGCCGAGAAGGUGGUUGAUGAGCUGUUGAACAAGAAUGAGAUUCGCGCCAGUGAUCGGGAUGACCUGCUGAGAGCUCUCCUCAUGAAACGCAGUCAGUCUGAAGGAACUGUGGUUACUCCCUCUGGAGACAUUCAGAUGCAGACCUUUUCUGUAACCAAGAAGAGAGACAGUUCUGACAACGUGGAGGCCUCGGUUGUCCUCUCAGGUGUCCUGGAUAUCCUGCAGAAACCAGUGGUGGCUUUUGUGAGGCUGAGUGACUCUGUGGUGAUGGACUCUGUCCUGGAGUCAUCUGUCCCCGUUCGCUUCGUGUUUGUGUUGGUGGGCCCCAGCCAGGGCGGAAUAGACUACAGUGAAAGUGGCCGUGCCAUGGGUGCUCUGAUGGCCGACUGGGUGUUCUGUCUCGAGGCCUUCUUGGCCCAGACUGAGAAAGAUCUGACAAACGCCAUCGCUGACUUCAUGGACUGCAGCAUUGUGAUCCCUCCCACUGAGAUCCAAGAGAAUGCAAUGCUUGAGUCAAUCAUCAAUUUCCAGAAGAAGAUGCUGCGUGACAGACUCCGUCCCAAUGACACCCGUCUUGCCUAUGGUGACAGGGUCCAAGUUGAGAAACCUCCAGAGGUGCCGCGAGAAGACCCUCUGGCCCGUACCGGCUAUCCCUUUGGUGGGAUGGUGAAGGACGUGAAGCGCCGUUACCGUCACUUCCUCAGCGACUACACGGACGCUCUGAACCCUCAGGUCCUCGCUGCAGUCAUCUUCAUCUACUUCGCAGCCCUGUCCCCAGCCAUCACUUUUGGAGGGCUUCUGGCUGACAAAACAGAAAAACUCAUGGGCGUGUCAGAGCUUAUGAUCUCCACCAGCGUCCAGGGUGUCAUCUUCUGUCUCUUGGCAGCCCAGCCUGUCCUUGUCAUAGGCUUUUCUGGACCGCUGCUGGUGUUUGAGGAAGCUUUUUUCUCUUUCUGCAAGUCCCAGGGCAUUGAAUACAUUGUGGGCCGGAUCUGGGUGGGGAUGUGGCUAGUAGUGAUCGUGGUCAUCAUCGUGGCCGCAGAAGGCAGCUUCCUGGUCAGAUAUAUCUCCCGCUUCACUCAGGAAAUCUUCUCCAUCCUCAUCUCUCUCAUCUUCAUUUAUGAGACCUUCAAUAAGCUCAUUAAGAUCUUCAAAACCCACCCUCUGAUUCUGAACUACGAUCAUCUGAACGACUCAAUGGACAACCCUUUCCACCCAGUUGUCAAGGAGCACAUUGAGAUUCAUUCAGAUGGCAACGUAACCGUUCAUGAGCUUGAGAUUGAAAGGCCUUACCCCAACACUGCCCUGCUGUCCAUGUGCCUGAUGUUUGGUUGUUUCUUCAUUGCCUACUUCCUCCGCCAUUUCAAGAAUGGUCAUUACUUACCCGGGCCGAUCCGUCGUUUGAUUGGAGAUUUCGGUGUCCCUAUUGCUAUUUUCUUCAUGAUUGCUGUGGAUAUCAGCAUUGAGGAUGCUUACACACAGAAAUUGGUUGUGCCAAAAGGUGUUGAGGUGACCAACCCCAGAGCCAGAGGCUGGUUCAUCAACCCCAUGGGAGAAAAGAAGCCCUUCCCCGUCUGGAUGAUGGGUGCCUGCUGUGUACCAGCAGUGCUUGUCUUCAUCCUCAUCUUCCUGGAGUCCCAGAUUACUACGCUGAUUGUGAGCAAACCAGAAAGGAAGAUGCUGAAAGGAUCCGGUUUUCAUUUUGAUCUGCUCCUCCUCGUCACCAUGGGGGGUCUCUUCUCUAUUUUCGGGGUGCCGUGGCUGAGUGCUGCCACUGUGCGAUCAGUCACCCACGCCAACGCUCUCACUGUCAUGACCAAGGGCCCGAAACCAGAGAUUGAGAAGGUGCUAGAGCAGAGGAUCAGUGGCUUACUUGUGGCCAUCUUGGUUGGUGUUUCUAUUUUCAUGGAGCCUAUUCUGAAGAUGAUUCCUAUGACAGCCUUGUUCGGUAUCUUCCUCUACAUGGGUAUCACCUCUUUGAGCGGAAUCCAGAUGUGGGACAGGAUGCUCCUGUUGAUUACACCAAAGAAAUACCAUCCUCCUGACGCCUACGCCACCAGGGUGAAGACACUGAAGAUGCAUCUCUUCACACUGAUCCAGAUUGUGUGCCUGGCUGUCCUGUGGAUGGUGAAGAUUAGUCCCUUCUCUCUGGCACUGCCUUUUGUUCUUAUUCUCACUGUCCCUCUGCGCAUGUUCAUGACCGGCAGGCUCUUCUCUGUCAUGGAGAUGAAAUGUCUGGAUGCAGAUGACGCCAAAGUGACGUUUGAGGAGGAACCUGGGAAGGAUGUGUACGAUGAGUCCCCACUGCCAUAAACAACACCAUAUCGUUAAUGUCUCAUUCACACACUUUCCAAAGAACUAAAUUUUUGACUUCCAGUAAUAAUGUGAAAAUGUCAGGUGUCUUUAGAAAUAUAUAUUUUGUAAACAUAUACAGUUUCAAACUAUUCUGUUCUGUUAUUAUUAUUUAUCUUUAAAGGAAAUUGCUUUUCAUUUUAAGAAUUCAUUCAUUAUUUCUGCAGCUGAAUCUGUGUUUGUGACCUUGAACCACAAAAGACAUAUUUUAUAUUGUCAUCAUGAUAUAGAGCAUGUCCUGUGUCCUCUCAUUUUCCACUUUUCAUUCUCAUAUUUCAUAUUUUAUUAAUGUAGAUUAAUUGAAAAUACUUCAAACUGUUUAUUUACUUAAAUAUUGUGUUAUUGAGUCUUUCGAUGCAGGAAAAACAUUUGAUGUCUUUAAAUGAAAAGUAUUUUUCCGUAAGAUGUGAGGUAAAUCCAUUUAUAGUAUUGUUUGUUUUUUAGUGCAUAACUACAGCAUAGCUUUAAAGUGACUGCCAGUGCUGCUGCAAUGUAGAUCUCCCCAUGUUAUAAUAAUGAUUUCACGUAACCUAAUGUUCACAAUCUAAUUUGAUCUAUUCUGCUCUUUACACACACGCACAAACCAGCCAUCACCCAAUGCAAUCGCCUUUCCUUUAUUUCUUCUCAAAAUGAGUUUUAAAUUGUGAGUUCUCAAGUUUGCCUCAUUUGAUAUAUUGUGUAUGGUUUACAGAACAAUGUUCGAUAUACCUGUUGUGAGUAUAGAAAGAUGUGUAAUACGCUUUUAUGUUAAGCAUGUAGCCUAAUAGGUUUAAUGAUCAUGAAAUGGGAUGAGCAGUGAUGGGUAGUGGAUGAUGAGAUAUAAUUGUUUGAGCUGAUUGUUAUACCGAUGAUAUAUUCAGGGAAGAACUUAUUUGUAAAUGUAUCUUAUUAUGCCUUUUCGUGUUGCCUAUCAUGUGUUUGUGCUUGAAACACUGUAUAUGCUUUGGAUUUUCACUUUAUUAAAAAUAAAAAACAGUGACAAACAGCAAACAUAA